AUGUCUUACGACCGAGUUCUCCCCAAGCCGGCUGCUUUACAUUAUGAUUCUCCACAGGCUACUCUUUCAAGACCAACCAGUAACCUUCUCGAGCACAAGAUCAUGAACGACGAGACCUCUCCAGUAUCUAUGAUGGAUCAUCACGUCGAGAACAUUCCUGUCGGGGCUUCCUGUCGCUAUCCUACCGAUGGGUUACCGCAGGUUCACCUGUCCUCCAUCAACCGAGCCAAAAUCGCCUUGAAUAAAAUCGCCUCCAGUGCGCCUCUCGAGCCUCUAAAGCCCAAGCCCAUUCCCUUUCGUGAACGCACUUCGGCAUCGGAGCGCUCUUCUUCAUCUAGUCCCGGAAAAUCCACCACGUCCCGGGAGCCUGUCACGCAAUUCUGUCUCUGCCAGCCAGAUCCUAAGAUCCCUAGGCCUCGCAAUGCUUUUAUCUUGUACCGUCAGCACUAUCAAGCAGCGGUGGUGGCACAAAACCCCGGUCUUGCAAAUCCUGAUAUUUCCAAGAUCAUUGGGGAGCAGUGGCGAAAGCUUCCUCAGGAGACGAAGGAUGAAUGGAAGGCUCUAGCGGAGGAGGAGAAAGCUCGUCAUCAACAACAGUAUCCCGAAUACCGAUAUCAGCCUCGUCGCUAUGGUCGGGACGGUAGCAUUCGGAAUGCGAGCUCCGGCAUCAGUCAUAACCCUCCCGGCUCUACUGUCUGCAAUCGUUGCGGCGGCCGGGUCAUGAAUCCACCAGUGUCCCCGGAGGCGCCUUUUACCCCCAAUGGAGCCCCGAAUGUGAAUGGGCCCACAUCGCAGCCGGAUUCAAUCACCAUUCGAAGCUACCAGUGUCGGACAAAAGACCCCGAUCGUGCGCCAAACCCCAUCAAGAUAGGGACUAACAGCCUGGAGUCGCUUCCACCUCGUCAGCGCCAUUGGGAAGAGAAUGGGAGUCGGUCUCCAGACUCGAAGCGUCGCCGUUUCAACCCCCAAGGGAUGUUCAAGCCCAACAUCCACCGUGAAAAGAGCCCCGAGACUUCAUAUCCGUUGUCGCCGUAUACGCCUCGUCCGGAUCCAUCCACCCCCCGGGCUUUUCAGAUGCUCCAGCCACCCCGGCCGUACAGACAAGCGAAGGAGUAUCCUACGCCGGACCCCAGCCUGAAGCUCCCACCGUUGCAAACAAAUGGGCCAUCGGCCGGGGGUGUGCUGCCAAUGACCCCCUUUCCCCAGGAGAACUCGGCCAGCUUGGAGGCCACGGUGAUGACCAUACCUUUUCUGAACAAGAUCAAAGUCCUCGCCAAGAUCUCGCCUCCUCUGGUGCCUUCAUUACGUGACGGUGCCUUGCAACGGCGAGGACCCGUUAUCGCCGUGGAUGGACAGGAUCCUGCUGCGGUCCGGACCAUGGUCGACUAUCUCAACCAUGUGCUGCAGAAGGAGGGAAAGUAUCAAACGCGGAUCUUCGGAGGGCCCGAAAUCCGGCAGAGAGAGAGUUGCUCCGAGUCGGGGCAGAUGGGAGACGCCACGGUCGAUUACCUGAACACGAUCUCCGUAUGGCACCGCAUCUCCGAUGAGAUCGUCAGCUUUAUCAAAUCCUCGCCCGAGUCCCCGGAAAUGAAGCAGGCGGACGAUGGCGAGAGCCACUCCGGGGUGUCACCCAAGGGUAUCAUUCCCAAGACAGCCGACAUGCAAAUCAGCUCGCCGGCGCCGCCCAGCGAGAGCGGAUCGGUAUCCGUUUCUUCAUCGACGGGAACGGCGUCUUGUUCGGUCCCGGUAGCAAUUGUUCCUCGAUAUCAGCUUACCACGGCCGAUUCAUUUGCCUGCUCGGUGCCUAUCAAUGACUCCUACGCACCACUGGACCACUGGCAGUGGAUGGCAUCACUCUGGCGUGCCUGCGUCGGGCCCGACAUUACCGUCUACAUCCGGGAAUGUGAGAAAGACGAAAUGGAGCGCUUUGCAGGGAACCCGGUCGAGGUACGCCUACAGGAUGCGCGCACGGUUGUUGUGCGGAGGGGUGCGGGUUCUCCGAAAGAACUCGAAGAAAAGUCUCUGAAACGUGUGGGAUUCGAAAUUGAAGACUAUCUCACUCAAUAA